AUGACCACAAAGUCUCCAGCUCAUUACCGUCCUGCGCGCACAUCAUACGCAGUUCGGUCAAGAUCGACCGGGAUUCCCGCAUCCACCUUGUGGCGGCGGGCCAAUAACAAGCCAUCAAUCACCGAUAAAGCCGCCAAUCAGCAGUAUCUCACCCCGCAAGAGGAGCAAGCCCUGGUUGAAUAUGUGUUGCGGUCGGCAGACAAUGGCUAUCCGCUUCCAGUCAAGUUCCUACGAUCGCUCGCCCUGAUUAUCGUGCGCCAACGGUCUUCGAUUUUCCAGAUUACAGAUCCCAGUCUCAAGGUCCGACCUCCGGGGAAAAAUUGGCCGCAGGGUUUUUAUCGCCGGCACCCGCAGUUAAGAGCGCGACGGCUGCGAGCGAUCGAUUGGAAGCAGAUUGAAGAUAAAGUCCGACACUGGUUUGCUGUCAUAGGCCGAGAGCUUGCUGAUCCGGCCAUUCUCCCAGGCAAUGUGUACAAUAUGGACGAGACGGGGGUUCUUCUUAGCGUUUUGAACUCCCUCAAGGUGCUCGUCAGUAAAGAUGACCUGAGAAAGCACCGAGGGACCACGGUGAAGCGGACGCUGGUCACGGCGAUUGAAUGUAUCUCCGCCGAUGGUCGGUUCCUGCAUCCUCUCAUUAUCUGGCCGGCCACCACGCACCGUAGUUCGUGGACCACUCACGCCACCCCCGGGUGGCAUUUUGCCUGCUCCAAAACAAGCUAUACGAACACCGACAUCAGUCUGUACUGGGUCGAACAUGUGUUCGAUCCGCAGACUCGAGACCGAGCGGGCGGUCGGCCACGACUCUUAAUUUGCGACGGUUUCGGCACCCAUGAGUCUUUGGAGGUCAUGAAAUUCUGCUUUGCUAACCGCAUUAUCCUAUGUCGUCUCCCUUCUCAUACGUCUCACAAACUACAGCCGUGUGAUGUGGGUGUCUUCAGCCCUCUGAAAACGGCAUACCGGGGACAGGUCGAGCAGAUAUGUCGGGCCGGGGUGAGUAACAUCGGCAAGCCACACUUUACCUAUCUUUAUGAUCGCGCCCGGCAGGAGGCAUUUACACCCCGCAAUAUACGAUCGGCCUGGUCGAGAAGCGGCCUCUUUCCAUUCGAUCCGUCUUGCAUCCUCCGAGAGUUUCAAGUGUCCCGGCCCGAGGUACAGACCACUAUCCCUGUGGACCACAACCUGACCGUGUCCUUCAAUCUCUGUCACACUCCAAACACCUCUGAUCAUUUCGCCUUGCUUCGCAGAGAGGUGGAGCAAGACACACAGAGCCUAGGCAAUGAGUGCAAACAUCGUCUUCAAACAUUGAGCUGCGCGGCCGAAAAGGUCUUCGCGGAGCGCGCCUUAUUUCUGGAGGAGAACCGGAUCCUAUUUGAGCAGAACAAUGAAAAGACUUCUCGACAAUCCCGUGGCCAAACAGUCAUAGGACAUGCCAAAGUGAUGAGCUACGACGAUAUCGUUGAGGCGCAAAAGAAACGUGACAUGGCGGUAGCGAAACAAGGCUCGACCGAGAAAAAGAGGUCAAAAGCCAAGGACAAACUGCUUUCGAAACCGGAGGAAAAGCGCAAGGCUGAGCAAGAGAUUCAAGCAUGGGAUAUGAAUGACUAUUGUUCUGUCUUAGAUUUACAGACUCAUUUGACAGUUUAG